AUGGAGGAGCCCAGGCUCGCCAAAGCCGCUGACGUGGAGCGAGCACUGGCUAGCCGACCUCCUGACCGCGCCGCGCGGGAAGGUGCACCCGGCGUCCGUGCUCCUGUAGGGCGACUUCCAUGUCCGAAGGUGGCUGGUGGGCAACCUCAAGGAGGGGCAGUGGACGGGGGAGGCCUUCGCGGUGAAGCACUUCAUCGGCGCCGACGCCGUGGGCACCGAGGCCGCGCUGCUCACCUCCGUGGUGCACCCGAACGUGGCGCAGUGCCGCUCAUGACCAAGGACCUGGCCAGCCACGUCAAGGAGGUGAACAACGCCAAGCGGUCGGUGACCUUCCCGCUCGCCGUCGUCGUCGACGUGAUGCUGCAGAUCGCGCGUGGCAUGGAGUACCUGCACUCGAGGAAGAUCUACCAUGGCGACCUGAACCAGUCCAACGUGCUCGUCAGGACGCGGCACAGCGACGCACCCCUCCACAUCAAGGUCGCCGGGUUCGGGCAGUCCACAGCGACCGUGGCCGCCGCCAACCCCAGGCCUAGCCCUAGGGCGUCAGUGAAAGCAGCAAACGCCAUCAACGCCGUCGUCGCCGCCUCCAACCCUUGCAUCUAG